AUGCUCAAGUGGACCGAGGGCUCCGACUACGUGCGUCGGUACAGAGCGCUCGACGCAAGCGGCGCGGCGGCUCCAACGUCGUGGAGUUUGCUUCCGUCGGAGCUACCGCUUGCCGCCACAUCUCGCCUGGGAAUGUUUAAUCUAACACCCUCGGACCUGUCACCGUUUGCCCUUCAGGCACUGGCAUGGGACUUGGGUCUUGUUGCCGUCAACCGAUCGGGGACGUUCUCAUGGGCGCAGGUGUUUGUGAAGCGCCAAGGCGACUCCAUGGCGGAUAUUGCUGCCACGUUCGACUCGUUCACGACAUCGCCGACCCAGACGACGCGCGAAUGCGUUGGUGGGCCAAACGGCAAGUACUUGCGACAAGAACGGACCGAAUACUCUACGUUCUAUGCCAAAGUCACGAAAUGCGCCGUGGAAGUGCUCGACGACGUCCCCGAUGGCCUCUCGGCCAUGUUGGCGCAGGACGCCCUCGCCACCACAGACGUGCCUUCCCCACUUCUCCGACGGCAUGAAGGGCCAGGCGUCGGCGAGACCAACAUGGCGAUCCAUACAUCUCCCAACUUUGGUCGAUGGCCGUGGGGAGAAUGUCCGCCGUCCAACCAGCCUGCGGGACUCAUCAUUCCGUGCGAUUUCAACGUGAAAACAGCGCUCUUGCCGGCGUCGAGUCCUGCGAUGGACGGUUGGCUCCAGGACAUCGCGACGAGAAAGAUUCAAGUGGCGGCGACAACGGCACCUCCUCCACCAUUGAAUCCAACUGCGCUCCCUGCCGUGAAUCCAAGUGCAGGUACAUCCAGUCGACCAGUGCAGGCGACUCCCACCGUCGCAUACGUGGGAAGUGGCCUUGGCCUUGUCGCGUUGGUCCUGCUUGUGUGGUGGUGCCGUCGACGCUAUCGACGAGCCCACCCCCGUCCGCUCGAUUUUGAGCCGUACCUUGAGCUCACGGCGACGCCAAAAGGAGUACCGCCGCCACCACCUGCCUUGUCCCCCGUGCCUUCGUUUUCGUUGCAUGCUGUUCCGUUGACCCGUCCAAUGCGGCGGCGAUUCGAGGGACCGCCUCCUCUCCCUCCGCUUGACUCGAGCAUGAUCCUGCUUCGCUUGGACGUGUCCAAGCGACUCGACUUUGGCACGAUCGAGUGCGUCGAAGUCCUCGCGUCCGGCCCCGUCACUAGCGUUUACUUUGGGUACUACCACGCGCGGCCCGUGGCGAUCAAGGCGCUGUCGACUUCAGUCGAGAUCAACCAGGUCCAAGUCGAUACGUUUAUCGAAGAGAUCCGACUGAUGGCAUCGUUCAACCACCCCAACAUCGUCGAGCUUGUUGGAUAUGCGUGGCAGGACGGCGACCCGCGGUCGCUCGUCGCUGUCACAGAGUACCUGUCCCAAGGCAACCUUCUCGACUUUUUGAUUGCGCAUCCCGGGCUCGAGUUUUGGUCGCGUGGCCGCACGCGAAAUUGA